AUGCCAAAGAAAGCGACAUACAAACAACGCUCUAUGGUUCACGACUUUCCUGGUUUAUACACGAAUGGUACAAGGUCAUGGGAAGAUAAGCAACAAGCAACGCUUGAUAAACUUACACAUCCAGAAUGGGGAGUUAUGAAAGAAGAAGAGUUUCGUCCAUUGACUCAUAAACACCAAAAUGACCUAGAAGAUCUUCAUCGAAAUGGUCAGUUCAUACAAGAUUUCUAUUUCUGGCAGGCAAAUUUAGGUGGCUACUGUAUGGCUGACAUGGUUCAAAGUAAGCUGAUAAAUACUACUUUGAAUACCAAUAAUAAUAACCCACAAUCAACAGAAGUUCUCGUUUCUUCUGAAGGCGCGUUUCCUUUAGUAAGACGUAUUGUCGAUGGUGCACCACAUCCUGGAAGAAAAAGAAAGAAGCGCUCAGAUUAA